AUGAAGUCAGGAUUUACCAUUGCCUUGGCCUUAGUUGCAGGUGUAGCUAACGCUGCCUCCUCCGCAUCUUGUUCAUUUUCCUCCACUACUAUCACAGCUUCUGCCUCGCUCAGUCAAGUUGCAUCCUGUGCAACCAUUUCCGGAAGCGUUGAAAUCAGUGGUGAUGAGAUUAGUUCACUUGACUUGAGUUCCGUCCAAGAAAUUGCCGGAACCUUGAAUAUUUUCAACUCAUCAUCGAUUACCGCUGUAAACUUACCAGGUUUAGAAUCCAUUACCGGUACAUUAUCACUUGAUGCCUUAACUCAGUUGUUUUCAGUUGAUUUCACCAAGUUAACUGAAGUCAAUGAAUUAACCUUAAUUUCGUUGCCUUCAUUAUCUACCUUAAACUUGAAUGCUGGUAUUGACAAUGCCACUCUGAUUGAAUUGUCUGAUACUGCAUUAUCUACUUUGGAUGGCUUUGUAUCAUCAUUGUCCACCAUCGGUACUUUGAACGUUAAUAACAACAAAAAUAUCACCACUAUAGAAUUGACCAACUUAGAAACAGUAACUACGGGUUUGAUUUUAAGUUUCAACAGUGACAAUUGUUCUAUUGAUCUCUCGCAAUUGCAAUGGGCAUCCAACCUCACAAUUCAAGACGUGGGCCUGUUAACCGUUACUAACUUAACUGCCGUCAACGGUACUUUCAACGUUGCCUAUAACUCGUUUGACAGCGUAGAAUUUGGAGCCUUAGAAGAGGUUGGAGGUGACUUACAAUUCUUUGCAAACGAUGAUGUUACUGAAAUCGAUUUCCCAGUAUUGGCAACUAUUGGAGGUGAAUUAUUGUAUUUCAACAACACGAACUUGGAAAACAUAACUGACUCAUUCCAUGACUUGGAGAAGAUCAAGGGUGCUGUGAACAUUGCUGGUGGCUUCGGUAACUUUACCUUGCCAGCGUUAGAAGAGGUCAACGGGGACUUCAAUGUUUCUUCAACCAACGACGAUUUCUCAUGUGACGAGUUUGACAAGUUGCACAAGGAUGGUAAGAUUGAAGGACACAACUACGAAUGUUCUUCUCCAUCUUCAAGUACUUCCGCCUCACUGUCAGGUACUCUGAAAGCAACUGGUACUAGUGGAUCCUCCUCUUCUGGCUCUAGUUCUACAGGCUCUUCGAGCUCCACUAAGAGUUCUCAAGCUGGUGGAUUAAUGGCUAGCCACUACUUAUCUUUUGCAGCUUUGUUUGGAGCUAUGAGCGCAUUCCUUCUUUAG